GUAUUCUUAGCAUUUUUCACCCAAAUUAAUUAGGAGAGAAAUGGGGAGAGCUCCUUGCUGUGAGAAGAUGGGACUGAAGAAGGGGCCAUGGACCUCUGAAGAAGAUCAAAUUCUUACAUCCUUCAUCCACAAAUAUGGCCAUGGAAAUUGGCGUGCCCUGCCAAAGCAAGCUGGGUUGUUGAGAUGUGGAAAGAGCUGCCGACUCCGGUGGAUAAACUAUUUGAGGCCGGAUAUUAAGAGAGGAAACUUCACAAGAGAAGAAGAGGAAGCUAUCAUUAAGUUGCAUGAAAUGCUGGGUAACAGGUGGUCAGCAAUUGCAGCAAGAUUACCAGGACGCACCGAUAACGAAAUAAAAAAUGUAUGGCACACCCACUUGAAAAAAAGACUCAAAGAUCAUACUACAACAACAUCAUCAACAACAUCAACAAGAAGUAGUAGUAACAGUACUUCCAAUGUCACAAGCCAAUUUGUUGAUGAACCUGAAAAUUUGAAUUAUCCACAACCAUCUUCUAGUGAUGUUUCCUCCUCAGUCACAAAAGUCUCAGCUGCAUUGAGUACCGAUCAGGACACAAUCGUCGUCAAGGGCGAAAACAUGGAGUUGUCGGAAACCUUCCCCGAUAUUGAUGAUGACAGCUUCUGGUCAGAGGCACUUUCAACUGAUAAUUCCAGCGUCCCAUUACAAUUUCCAAAGGCCUCAAAUGAUGAACCAAUAUCGGAGUUUCCCAUCACCAAAAACGAUUCGGAGGAAUUUGGUUUUAGUUUUGGUCUAAACAUGGAUGAUGGCAUGGAAUUUUGGUAUGAUCUUUUCAUUAGAACUGGUCAUGGGGGAACGCCAGAAUUACCAGAAUUUUGAGUUUUACUAUUUUCUCUCUUUGGAGUUUAGGAGGAUAUUUUAUAUUGGUGGUUUGAAAAAGUUUUUAAAUAUUUUUAUCUUGAAUUUGACCGUUAACAAAUGCUAGGUUGGACAGAAAUUUCAAUUGCGGGGGCCAAUGUUUGUCCUCGUACAUCCAAAAGUUAGACUACCACUUGUGCAUUGACUAAGAAGCUAAAGCUAAUUUGCUCUUCAUCAUAUAAAAAGGAGAAAAGAGAUGGAUAAAGAACAGAAUAAUGUGAGACAAAAGAAUUGACUUGGAGCACAGUUUUGUUACUCUGUAUUUAUAGAUACAAUAAUUUAAUAUUUUAGAGACUUUGGUGACAUAUAAUCCUCCUUAGUAGGUUUUAUUUGUUCAAAGUUUAUGUGUAACCAUAAUGAUGACGAUGAAAAUGAUGUAGCUGGACCUUUUUACUCCGAAAUAAAAAAUUCAUUGUUUUAAUGUAUGCAUAUUUAAUAUGUA